AAAAUAAGCGGCAGUCAUGGCAGAAGAAGCUCGUGCGAGCGGGGAAGAUUUUAGAGUAAAUGUCGAGUCAAAAAGAACUGUUCAUGAACAGAUUGAAAAGUAUAAAGACUUACUAAAAAAGCUGUUAGAUGGCCAGUGUAACAUAUCCGAGGAGGACAAGGCCAAACUGCUGCAAGAAAUUGUUGUGAACUUUGAGUUCACGGUGCAAGAAAAUAUAGUAAUUGAUGGCUUAUCAUGGGAUGAGACAACAGAGGAUUAUUGUGCAGACUAUGAGAGCAAGGUAAAUGAUUUGCUGGAUGAGAAGAUUGUAGAGACCGCCUGGAAGCGCAGCUCUUACCCAAAGCAAAUACGCAACCAGGUUGUGCGAUCAUUGAAGGUGGAGAGAAAACUCAUGGGUUUGUAUGAACAGGCAGUGAAGCCACAAGGCAUAAAGCCAGAUCCAGUUCAAGACACAAUCAUCAAAAAUGUAUCUGCUGCUGCCCCUACAAUGUUUAAGCAAGCCAGUACAGCUAUGAAGUCUCUGAAAAGUCUGAAGCAUGCAGCUGAUGGCUUGCAUCAAGUACUGGACAUGCAGCCUUCAGCAGAGUCAGUGGAAAUCUACAGAGAGGUGUUUGGCAGUUCAGUAGGAGAUGGCUGUCCAGACCUUCAUAACAGGCUUCCCUCCACCAUUAAAAGAGCUGCAUCUGAUGCAGAAUACAGUGGGGACUAUGUUCCAGCUCCAAAAAUCAUCUAUAAUGAGACAAAUGCAAAUAAAAUUUAAUGUGUGUCUGUUUUUGUAUGAGAA